CACUGGGGGAAACCCUGCUCAGGAUAGUUGUCCUCGGUUUGUGUCCUUCCAGUGAGCUUUGCAGAUUUGGGAACGUGUCAUCAGGCAGUAAUCAUUGUUAAAUUCAUAAUAAUGCGAUGAGAGUCAAUCUAUUGCAUUGGCGACCAACUCUUAUCUGCCCCCUGGGAGCCCCAUAAUGCAUAGCAUCAUUUCAUUAUGGGGGUGUGCGUGACACGGUUUAUAUGCUGCCAGUGGGCACUGCAGCUGCGUUAUAGGGGGACUCGUUUCAUUUCAGCUAAAAGGCUAACGUUAACUUGCCUUGCAUUGACUGUAGAGUUGUGGGUGAUGGUCACGCAGAUGUGUAAUGAGAUUUGAAGUGUUGCUGCCUUUUGCAGGCAUUUUUCCUGCACGUGCUGCAAACAGGAUAGCCGUCUUCUAUCAACUGUCCCUAGGAAUAUCCAAAGUAUGCCCAUACUUCCAACUUUGUCUUCUUUGAGGGCUGAUAGGUGUCCUGAGUGCUGCCGUCUCCCCCUUUUGGCUAUUAUUGCAGCUUUAGCUUAAAGAAAGCUUUGAUUGUAAACUACAAAGUGCGCAUGUGCGACAACUUCAGCAGACGAGAUGGUGGCUGGCAAGGGUCACCAUGCCUACACCGAGGCCAUGGUAAUCCACCGAGAUAAUAUAAUUAAAAAAAAAAAACAAGACAGUUAUUAUUGUUAUCAACAUUUUUUCCUGGGGUUUACCGCUACACCGGUUACCGUGACAUCCCUAGUUAGGAUGCCUCCUGGACACCUCCCUGGUGAGGUUUUCUGGGCACGUCCACGGGAGAAGAGCUAAAGGAAGACCCAGAACAUGCUGGAGGGACUAUGUCUCACGGUUGCCCAAGGAGCACCUUGGGAUUUCCCUUGAGGAGCUAGCCCAAGUGGCUUUUUACUUAUUUGGAAGACGGUUCCAACGUGGUUUCUUGCCCAACACCAGCAAUCGUUUUAUCUAUUAUCUAUUGCUGACAGAUCUCUGCGUUCCUACACCACCAUCUUGUGGUGAUUUUUUAAAGAGUUUCAGCUGAUUUGUUUUUGUCAUGACUUGAUAUGACCCUUUGAACAAAUGACACCGAGAAGAAUAAAGUUAAGAAUAAAUAGAUAAAUGAGAUCUUCUGUGAAAAAAAUUCUUAACACAAUUCAAGUCAACUUAAAGUAAUUGUGAAGGACCUAAACAGACAUUUUCCACAUAGCAAGCAAAAAAAAUAAAAUAAAAUAAGUCAAACGUGUGUCUUGGAAGAGAGGUGGAUGUUCUGGAGAGAACUGUGGCUUCUUCUGAUAAUAAGGAGAAUUCCAUUUUUCAGUUCUUUUGAAAACACAGAAAGGUUUUAUUUACCUGCAACGUUUCAUUUGCAGCUGCCGCUAACGAAACGUUGCAGGUAAAUAAAACCUUUCGGUGUUUUAAAAAGAACUAAAAGAUGGAAUUAGAAUUUCAACACAGCAAGAACACACCAAAGAUGAAUGAGGAGAAUUUCUCUGACCCAAAACACCUUUCUGGGUCUGUAUUUUUCAUAAUACAUUACAUUUUCAAUGUGUAAAGCUAAUGAGAUGCACUUAAAUUUUAGGAGGGAAAAAAAACCAAAUGUUUGUCUAAUGUGCCUUUUUUGGGGCUGUAGAGUGUUUGCAUUGCAGCUGUAUCAGAUGUUCUGUAAACGAAAUUUUAGUCCGUGUAUCUUUUAUGAAAGGACUAUUUUUUUAAAACAUGUAAUAUAUGUAAUUGUGAACAACACUAUGAUUUACUUUCCACUGAGUUUUUAUUUAAGCAAGUAAAAUAAUAAAAUAGGUACUUUACAUCAUAAGAAUAUAAUUGUUCUUAUCAAAUAAAGUUAAUGGAAAAAAACGCAGAUGGAAUUAACGUCACGCAUACGCAAAAGAGGGAGGAUUUCCUGUGUCGGUGGCGGAGGGAUACAUUUCUGCCGCCGUGAUGCGUCUCUUUAAGAUUUCCCUUUAGCAGCGGAGUGAUUCGAGCAGUGAGAAGUCAAUGUGAAUCUGCAGAGAGGUGACAAACAUGACGACUUUAAAACACGAGGGCCCCGAAAAUCAGCUCGAUCUGCUCAUCAGAGCCGUGGAGGCUUCGGUUCAUGGCACCAGCAUCCACUGCUCCGAUAAAACUAUCGAGGCUGCAGAGGCUCUGCUGCGCAUGGACUCGCCGUCCAACCUGAAAGACGACCACAGUCCAGAAGCUUUUAUUCCACAAUGUGACGCGACGCCGGUCUUCCUCCAUGCAGCCAUGCGGCCGGACAUGAUCGCCGAAUCAGAGGUGGAGAUAUCCACGGAGGAGUGCUGUGAGGAAGAUGAUGACAUGGUCACCAUUCUGGAAGAGCCAGAACCCGACAACGAGCCCGUCAAGAAGAGGCGAGCUGGACGGAAGCCAAAGGUGCAUCAGUUGGCCAUUUCCAACGGUUCACCAGAUCUCGGCAUCAAGAAGAAACCAAGAGAAGGCAAAGCAGGGAACACUACGUAUCUGUGGGAGUUUUUGCUGGACCUCCUCCAGGACAAAAACACCUGUCCCAGGUACAUCAAGUGGACACAGAGGGAGAAGGGCAUCUUCAAACUGGUCGACUCUAAGGCCGUGUCGAAGCUGUGGGGUAAACACAAGAACAAACCGGACAUGAACUACGAGACGAUGGGUCGAGCUCUCAGAUAUUAUUACCAGCGUGGAAUCCUGGCCAAGGUGGAGGGCCAGCGACUGGUGUACCAGUUCAAAGACAUGCCCAAAAACAUUGUUAUAAUAGAUGACGACAAAGCAGAUAUGUCCUCCCCCGAUGAUGUGAUGGUAUCAGACACGGCUGUGUCCUACGAGAGAGUGCACCCGUCUGACAUGUUGGUCCAGUCCUCUGAGCCGCCGCUGACAUCACGGAGGCCCAAUAUCCUGCGGGGAUCCAGCAGAGCAAACGUGGUCCAGACGUCUGCUGUCACAGGCAGCAAGUCAUCAGCAGGAGGUGGGUCGGUGGUGACGGCAGCAGCAGCACCGAGGAUAGUAACGGUUUCUUCAGCCCUCGAUGGGAGCCAACCCCAACAGUCCCACACAACCGUGAUGGCAAACACCACCGGGCCCAGGACGGUGCGAGUGGCAAUGCAGGUGCCAGUCGUCAUGACAACGUCACUGGGUCAGAAAAUUUCUACAGUCGCUGUGCAGCAGUCAACGGGAACGUCAGGAGCAGGCAGCUCUGGGCCGCUCCUCACCAGCACCUCAGCGAUCAGCGCUGCUGCCAACGCCAACUCCCAGCAGAAGGUCGUGAUCCAGACGAUCCCCACCAUGGUUCCGGCCACAACAGAGAACGGAGACAAGAUCACCGUCCAGCUGGCCAAGAUCAUCACCAUCCCAGCCCACCAGCUGGCUCAAUGUCAGCUCCAGACCUCCGCAGGCACCAACAAACCCAAUGUCACCACCUCUCCAGCAGGCAUCAGCCUCCUGGGCAGCCCCCUGACAGUCCGCACCCUGGCACCUGUCAACGUCAGCCCAGGGGCCCAGGUGAUGAGACUCGCCGUGCCGACGCCGGUGCAACAGCAGACUCUGAUGGUGUCGCAGCCAGGAAGUGGCAACAAGACACCAGCAGGCAGCCAGAUGGUGUCUGCGCCACCUCACAUCAUCAGCAGCAUCAUUAACGGCACAGAACUGGUGUUGGGAGGAGCUGGGGGAGUCACCAUGGAGAAGCUGAAGGCUGCAGGGGUCCAGGUCCAGGCUGUACAGGUACCAGUAACCAUCCAACAGAACCAGAUGGCCCCUGAAACUGUCCCAAACGUCCAAUCAGAACCUAAGAACACUGUGGUUAUAAAACUGGAAGCACCAGACUCAGUAAAGUUAGAAGAGCCAGAGUGUUAGACUCCAGAAAUGGCUAGUUUGCACGUUUCUGAAGUUAUUUUUCCCAGCAGUAGUCUGAGAUUUCACUUCUAUCUUGCUGCCUGGAAGCCGGUCUCCCUCAGAACCUCUGUAGGGUCUGAAUUCCCACAUUAAAGGGAUUUGUUAGGAAAAGCAAAGGGACCAACCUGAAACACUACACAGAAGGUGGGGGUAGGAGAAAGAUGGAAGAAAAAUAAAAAAGGUGAAUCACUACAAACAAAAACAUGUCAAAACCAGCUAUUUUUGUAGAACUUGUAUCACUGUGCAGCGAGAGGAAGGAGCUGAGAAGUUAUCACGAACGAUUUUAGACAGUAUGUACAUAUUUAUACAUAUUAUAUAUAUAUACAUAUAUAAAUAUAUCUUUACAGUUUUUUGGAGCUAAUGUUAACAGAGCAGCCUUGAUUUUUGUCUGAAUUUUGUUUUGAUAUUUUGUACCUGCACAGUAUUAAUGACUCUCCUCUAACGUGUUUUUAAUCCUGGAACGGGUUCUGCAGACUGAAGUGGCAUCCCAUAAACCCUGUUUGCCUAAAGGAGGCUAAAGGGCUGAGUUUAGGUUAUUUCUUAUGUUUUUGUAAAUAUUUUUUAUGCUCUGUUCUUCACUUCCCUGCAGUCAGGCUGCAUGUACAUGCAAACAUAUGUGACUGAGCUAAAGCAUGCUUCCAAGUUUUAAAAAGGUAAAAGUACCACAACUGUCAAAAAUCAACAAUCAGCUUUAUUUUCAUUGUUUUUAGAAGUUUUGAUUAUGAUGAGUUUAUGCAAAAUAUGCAGCAGAAACACAAAACCACUGAUGAUUUCUGGUCACUUUAAACAAAGGGUCAGUCUGCCGGGUCGGUCCGCCCCACAUUUCGUUCUUUUAAUCUGUUCUGGAAGAAAAGGGACAUUUUCUGUGUUCAGAACGAACGGUUUGUAUAUUCAACAUUUGAAGUAUAUUCUAUUUUGUUGUACUCUUGUUUCAAAGUGUAUUAAAGUAGAUUUUACUUAAAUAUACAAAA